CAAGUGCUCCCCUACUCUAUUGAUCUCUUCAUUUUCCCCUACCGUCCUGCGCAUCUAGCCUACGCAGCGUCGGUUAUCCCAAGUAACUGUAAUUCCUAUCUACGCCGCGUAAAUCUACGGGUCCGCACAAUUCGCUAUGGCUCGCGCCAGGGAGGCUUGCAUUAGUUGCAAGACUCGCAAAAAGAAGUGCAAUAAAGCUUUUCCUAGCUGUAGCUAUUGCAUACAGAAAGAUCUGGAUUGCAAGUACAUUUCGGCUCCUCGACGACGCAAUCACGUCGUGUCUACUAACGGUGGCUCAUCCAAUGCAUCAUCAAUUCGCCGGGAGAUGCCGAGCACAGAAUUAGUUUCCAUUCCCACGCCGUCCGACACGACGUUGUUUGAGUCUGUAACCACUACUACAAAGACUAGUUUGUAUCGUCCAGUUUGGGAGCGCUCGAAUCAACUCCACAUUGAGAUCCAAGAUAUAAUCCGCUCGACUGGUCAAUUUGUGGACGACAUUACUGCUCGCUAUUUCCAAACCUUCCAUCGGCAUCUUCCUAUCAUCCUUCGUACGCGCUUUCAGAAAAGCCUCAUCGCGUCGCCACUAGGUCCUAGCACUGAUUCGUCUGUCUUACUACUGAGCAUCUGCCUGAUUGCAAGCCUUCCGAACCCAGGGCAUAGUUCUGCCGACGAAGAAACGCCUGCGAUCAGUCGAAAGUCUCUAUAUCUCGUCACAAAGGCAAUUAUUGCACAGGUCCAGGGAUGCUUACCGCCUUCGGUACAUCUGAUUCAAGCCAAUAUCCUACUUGCUGUUUACGAAUAUGCAGAUGGGAGGCCCGAAGCUGCAUUUUUAACCAUUACGGGCUGUGCACGGAUGGCGUAUGCUGCUCGCCUCCACGACAGGACCCGCCAUCAUGUGGAUACGGGCAUCCAGAUAGAAGCCCAAGAAGCCGACAAUACGUGGUGGGGUAUUGUCAUUUAUGAAAGAGCCCUUUUCUGCGAGGUGAGCGUCUUUGAGCAACCACUAGUUACCACUUUACCUCCCAAAGAUGCCAAACUACCUAUCGAGUGGGAUAUUCUAGACCGUGCCGACCUCAUCAGUCCGAAUUCCAUGCCUGAUAUACCAGCUUCUUGUCUUGAUUGGCCAAAAAUCGGCUGUUUUGGCCGCACAGCCCAGGCAACUUGUCUCGUGGACCAGGUCAUAAAAGGGUUGAGCAUACCUGACCUCGAUAGCAGACUACGUCUACUCCAAGACCUAGAUGGUGCCAUUCAGGCCUUUCUGGCCUUGAUUCUGCCUCAAUGCCAAGGCAAACCGGGCGUCUAUUGCGCAGCAAUAGCCCUAGCGGUCAGAGGGUUAUUCACACUACAUGGGCAUGUUCUGGACAUACCACAACAAGCCAUCUCUAGCGGGUUUCGAUCUCUAGAGGAGUGGAAAAAGAGCUCACUAGCGGCACUUGACACUUCUACGAUCAUGGCCAUUGAUAUCGCAGAAUGUCACCACGUGCGCGUCCCGCCAGACUUGAUCCAUAUUACGCCUCCUAGUCAUAGUUACAUGGUUCGUGCUGCGAUACAGCAUAUGCAUACUCGGCCCUUUGACGGAACUAUACCUUGGUCAGAAGCCUCGAAGGACCAACUCCGACUUUAUCUGGACAAGUUUUGCCGUCAUUGGGACGUCACAGAUUGAAAUCAUGCACCGUGUUCUUCAGUUUUAAUUCAUGAUUCAAACAUUGGUGCCUGACCGAAUUCCAGACAAUGUGCUGCCCGGCCAGCAUCCAGAGCAGCAAUUGCAUUAUGGCGACCACCGCAAUUAGUGGCAGUAACGAGGACAGUCUCAAUUUUGUGAAUACGUUCGAUUGUAUUGUGCACUGCGUGCUUAGCACUACCACUUUAGCUGCUUGAUAGCACUUUACCUGACUUGUUAGUAUAUUAUCGCUUAGACAUGUACAUUGAAGUCGUCACUGUUCUUUCAAGCUUACAGUUUCGUAUCGCCUCACAGUGCAAGUAAUAAAAUAUUAUGGUUUG